AAAGCUUAAACGCAUGUUUGUAUUUGGACCCACGCUUUAGCCAUACAUUGACUGUAGAGCAAAAAAACGAAGCUGUUCUGUUUUUAAAACGACUAUAUAAUAGACUGACAGCACUGAACUCAGGUUUCCUAAUUGAUAAGAAGAAUUCAGCCACAAAUUGCACACAAAUGGAAGAUACUCUCGAAUAUGAGGAUAGGUACCUUAAUGAUUAUCUUUCUAACCACUUCGAAGCUCAAAGUAAUAACAACAUGGACGUCUACACCAAAAUUGAAAUUUUGAAGUUACCUUUUCAACGUGUUGAUAUAAAUGUAUUGGACUUUUGGAAGGAAAGACAGUUUGCUGAUCCAGAAUUACAUGCGCUUGCGAAUAUAUGUUUUGCAAUUCCACCAACUCAGGUUACCAUCGAGCGUGCUUUUUCGUCACUAAAAUUGAUAUUAUCUGAUCAACGGAAUCGUCUUAAUCAUGAAACUUUAGAAAACAUUCUCAUGGUUAAACUAAAUCCUCAAUUUUUGGACCAUGCUAUUGAUGAUAUGCCGUUGUUUCAACCUCCUGAAUGGGACUUAAAUUUAGAAGAAUAA